GUUGCACAUUGCGUGGAAUGUUUUAGGGGGCACCGUUCGAAGAAUUCUCUGCAUCCGCCGUCAGUAGUUUCAAAACCGGUCUCGACGCUGUAUGUUGUUUCACAGUAGUCGAGGCAGUCGUAAAUACACACCUCCACGACCAACGUAAACAAUAACUUUCUGUUACAAACAUUUGACCCAUCCAUUCAGCAAUCGACUAUCGACCAUAGUUUGCGUGUCCGAAUCUCCCGGUGCAUCCACCUCUAAUUGACUUCCGAUACAAUCGUAUUUGACCCCAUCGGUGUUGUUUCCCUCCUCAACACUACUCUUUUGUUCUUUGUGGUAUUCCGUGUGCUGUGGUGGUCAAGUGGAAGCUUCCAAGUGUACCGUGAAAUAAACAACAACAGCAACAAUCUGGGCGGCGAAGUUGGAGGAUUUAUUUAUUUUUUCUGUUUUUGUCAUGAUCAGUCAACAAUAUGAUUCGAAUAUUUGCAAAAAGAAGAGGAAGAGCGUGGAGCAAUAUAGAAUUGUUAUUGGUAGUUCUUUGUUCGUGGACGUGGAUUACAGAAGUGGAUUCGAAGGAGUGGACACAAUGUCUGAAAAAGAGCAGUAUAUCGCAGACGUUUCGUCCAAACAAGCAGAUUUUGGAUAUCACCUUGGAGGUGUCCCCGAGGAUAACGCAUCAGUUGUCCACCCACAUAUUCCGAAUAUUGCUUCAAGAGAAACUUGGAUAUUCCCGAGUUAAGAUAGUGGAAUACAAGGAUUACGAUACGGACGUCCUGUUAGACAGGAUGAACUGUAUUAAAGAAGUCAAAGGAUCAUUUGAUGACAUUUUGCCUCAAUCGAUCAUAAAUCUUGACGUGCCGAUGCCCCUCAACUAUCUCCAAAAGGCCUCUCUAGAUAAUUGCAUCAAAGAUUUGGGUACGAUGCUGCCAUCCGGUCGAUUCGGAUGGUUUGUACCUAAAGAUCUGACGCAACCCAUACAGAAAUUCGAUUCCAAAUGGUCUGGAGAGCAAUUCUCCUGGACGUACUUCAUGAACACUAAAUUUGCAUCCGCCUUUGAAAUCGAUGAUGCUUAUAAAAGAAUGCUGGACGCCACUGCUAUCAAUGGUACCACAAACAGUUAUUUCUGCAAUGAUAGCCGAUGCGAAAACGGAUGGUAUGUGCCGAAGAAAUGCAAAGGAUCUGCGCGAUGUGCGGUUUUAUUGGCGCCGGACUUUGAAUCAACUAAAUCGGUGAUCGGACAUAUCGAAGAUAUGAACAUUUACGUGAAAGUACUCUGGCUCGGUGAUAAUUUGAAGAAAGCGUCUGAUGAUUUGCUCGAGAAGUAUAAAACGAAGAAUGUACCAAAGUCCUUUAUGAUUAUGAGCUACACGCCGAGCGAAGUGAUUUUCAAUCCGGGGGAUUACGUGACGGUGACCAUGCAGCGAUGCGAGUUCGCAAACGAGACCCAAUACAAUAGUUGUUUCUACGAGAAGAGGAGAUCCGUUAAAAUCGCGUGGAAAGUGAUAGAGAAAUCUGCGCCGAACGCCUACGACAUUUUGAAAGAGAUGAAUUUCCUGGAUAGGGAUCUUCACAGCUCAUUGAUUAAUUUGUACAAUAAGAGAAUGGGCAACUCCACUGUACCGGAGAUCGCAUGCGAAUGGUUGAGGCAGAACGAAAACAUUGUGAAUCUUUGGGUACCGAAAGUGGAGCAGACCAUUUACGUCGGCGGAAUAUUCCCCAUCCACGGCUCCACCUACACCGGUAAAGGUAUCGUGAAAGGAGCCCUGAUGGCCGUCGAAGCAAUCAAUGCGAAUACCUCCGUUCUUCCUAAUUACAAAUUUGAGCUGCUCGUUGGAAACGGCGAAUGCCGUGCAGACAAAGUUAUGAAAACGUUUAUCGAUUACAUAACAACGGUGUACGAUAAGUUGGUCGGCGUAUUGGGGCCGGCAUGCUCAGAAACGGUCGAACCUUUGCAGGGUGUUUCCAAGUACUACAAGACAAUGCUCAUAUCGUACAGUGCCGAGGGUUCAUUCUUCUCGGACAGCGACAAAUAUCCAUAUUUCUUCAGGACAAUAGGAGAAAACAAGCACUAUCAGCACGUAUAUUUGGAUCUUCUGAAGAGCCUCGGAUGGAAGCGGGUCGCAGCAUUGACAGAAGACGGUCAAAAAUAUACGGAAUAUAUUUCGCAUAUGCAGGACAUGCUUGAAGGCAAUGGUGUAACGUUCAUCUCUAACACAAAGUUCCCAAGGGAUCGAGACAGAGACGCCAUGAAUAGGUAUUUGCAAGAUUUGCAACGCAAAAGAGCCCGCAUCAUCAUAGCUGACGUCUUCGGCCAAGUUGCCAGGCACGUCAUGUGCGAAGCAUCUAAAUUACGAAUGACCGCCAAAGAAGGCUACGUAUGGUUCUUACCUACUUGGUUAAAUAACACCUGGUAUGAUACUACGUACUUCAAUCAACACAACAAUGAAAGUGUCAAUUGCACAACGGCCACCAUGAUCGAGGCAAUAAAUGGUUAUUUUGCCAUAACACAUGCAUACUUCUCCGACGACAAUGAUCUUAUGCAAGAGAAUAUAACUGUCGGAGCAUGGCGCGAAAAAUACAGGCAUGCAGCAGGAUUGGACCAAUCCAGUUAUGCAGGAUAUGCCUACGACGGAGUGUGGACGUACGCAUUGGCUUUGGAUACACUUCUGAAAACCAAUCCGGAAGCUACAACGGAUCUGCACUCGGUCAAUGUCACAAACAAAUUGACGCAGAUUAUUAAGGAUAUAGAUUUCAACGGCGUUUCCGGGCGAAUAAAAUUCCGCGGCGGAUCUACUAGAUUUUCCAUGAUCAACAUUUUGCAGUGGUACAACAAUCAAUCGAGAUUGAUAGGUCGAUAUUUUCCGAAUAUAUCGGAAUCAUCUCCGGAUAUCCUCGGUGGUCGAUUGGAGUUAAACAAAAGCGCUAUAGUGUGGUUGAGCAAGACUAAGCCCGACGAUGGCACAGAAUAUCCAGAAAUUUGCAAAUGGCAAUUCGUCUCAAAUUUCUUCAACGUUAGCUGCGAUAAUGCCAUCAUAAUAUUCUUUGUCAGUUUGAUGAUCAUCUUAGUGAUAUUGUUGGGAAGCGUCAUCGUCGUUUUAGUGAAAACUUACGAGAACAGAUUCGAUAAGACAACAAAGUACAUGGAAUCUUUAGGUUUGCAACAUUUGUUGGUCCAAGGUGCAGACUAUACUGGCUUGGACAAAUGGGAAAUCGAACGGGAAAUGAUAGUUUUGAAUAGGAAAUUGGGUGAGGGCGCUUUCGGUACAGUUUACGGUGGUGAAGCGAGGUUGUCCGAUAACAACUUGUGGACGCCGGUUGCUGUGAAAACUUUGAAAGUCGGCUCGAAGACUGAGGAGAAACUUGAUUUCCUAUCUGAAGCAGAAGUGAUGAAACGGUUUGAUCAUAAAAACAUUGUGAAGUUAAUAGGCGUUUGCACAAAAGUCGAACCUGUCUACACGAUCAUGGAAUUCAUGCUUUACGGUGAUCUAAAGAACUAUUUAUUAGCGCGUAGGCAUCUAGUCAAUGGUAAUAACGUGGAUGAAAGUGAUGAGGUUUCAAGCAAAAAGUUAACGUCGAUGGCAUUGGACGUGGCCCGCGGGUUAAGUUAUUUAGCUGAACUAAAGUACGUGCAUCGUGAUGUGGCUUCGAGGAAUUGUCUGUUGAAUGAACAGAGAGUGGUUAAAUUAGGUGAUUUUGGCUUGACCCGACCGAUGUUCGAGAACGAUUACUACAAAUUCAAUAGACGCGGAAUGAUGCCAGUUAGGUGGAUGUCACCCGAGAGUUUGGAAUCCGGAAUGUUCACACCUAAAUCAGAUGUUUGGAGUUACGGUGUAUUAUUAUUCGAAAUCAUCACUUUUGGAAGUUUUCCGUUUCAAGCGUUAAGUAACGCCGAAGUAUUGGAUUACGUUAAAGCUGGCAACACAUUAUCAAUUCCACAAGGAGUUAAAUCGCAACUCGAAAUCCUAUUGAAGACUUGUUGGAUGAUAGAUCCGAAGAAACGACCAGCAGCGAGCGAGAUUGUAGAGUACCUCGCAAACAAUUCAAGACUCAUCUCACCUUGCCUCGAUGUUCCUCUGGCUUCGGUACAAACAGAAGACACUGGUCAACUGGAUAUGCAGCUGCCCGACCAAUUCAGGAAGUGUUCCUCUUCGAUCAGCUUCAAAGUGCCAAACGGCUUGACCACGUUGUCAACGCCGACGAAGGUUUUCGUGAACGGCGAUAAAGCGCCAUCCGUGCAAUCAGACGUCGCAUGUCCUGAAGAGUGUUUGCUCAUCGAACGUUCGGAUUCCAUAAGUGGUGGCAGUAAAUAUGUUAGUAUUCAGACCAGCAAUGGCACAGACUCCGGCUGCGAUCAAGAUUAUUUAGCCUAAGUGCCAACUAUUAUUAUUACUAUUAAUAACUAAUAUUUCAUGAGCAAUUCCUUCAAGCCAAAGAGUUUUUUUUUCGUUUGUUCGCUUCAUGCACACGUCUUUAUUUAUGUUCUGUUUCUUUUUGCUCGGUUUCGUUUCCCUUAAAAUAUAUAUAUUCUAAACUAAAAUAUAUAUACAAACACACAAACACACACACAUAGACAUAUAUAUUUCAAUGUAAUUGAAAUAUCUCCAAAUUAAACAUAACUUUAUUUUCAAAAUGGAGUAUUUUGGCAGAGCGCAAUGUUCCAGUCUAAAUGAAACCCUCCGUAUCGUAUUUUGUUUUUUUUAUUUGUUUGAGAGAAAUUUUGUGUAUAUUGGAACAUUUUUGUUUUACAGACUAGGCUCAAUUCUACAUAAAAGGGAAGUUUCCUGGACUGGUCCAAGUAAAAUAAAAGCAGCUGCACAAAAAGAAGAUAUUUAAGAUCAAAUCUCUUCCAAAACAAAAACCCGCUAAAAGAAAGAAAAAAUAAACCCUGAAACUAUUUAUUAAAAAAUUUAAAAUAAUCUAUGUUAUUAUUAAAGUAAGAUGUUCGUAGAAAAUUUCCGAUAAUAUUAUAAAUUUAUCAAUAUUAAUUUAAUAUUUUCAAUUUCAAACAAAAAAAAAAUGUAAAUAGGAUAUUAAAUACUCCAUUUUGUUACUAAUGCAACAGACUGAAAUAUUUUUUUAGUGUUAGUAUAAAGGAAAAAAAUGUCACUCGUCUAGUCCACACAAAAUUUGAACGUCUAUAGCUCAUAACUUCUGGGAUGAAGACAACAACUACAUCUACAUAUUUUUAUAGUAUUAUUACACGUAAAUUAAUCUUAUAUACUUAGUAAGGAAAAAAAUAUCUAAAAUUAUGAAAAAAAAAAACAAACAAACAAAAAUCAAGAAGUUGAAGUCAUUUUAUACUUACUAAAAUUAGAAUAGUUUAGUAGACAUUGCACUGGCACUUUACACCAGAAAACAUUUGAUUAGUAAAAUUUUGUUCAUGGAGCUUUUAUUGCAAGAUGGUUAUUCCUAUUAUUGA